AUGUCGACCAAAUGGCUGGGGCUGCCCACCCAUCGCAAGAAGAUGGGUCUGCGAACGUUCAAUACGGUGAUUCUGGGCCAUUUGACUCCAGAACAAAUCGAUGCAUACCAGGAGAUGUUCCGCAUCGAGGAGAUCGCCGACAUCUUCCGUUUUGCCAGCACCCGUAAACGGCCAGUGACGCUGAUUCUCCCUUCGGGAAACCCUGAGGCUAAUCCAAAUUAUCGGCGAGACCCGUCGCCGCCUCCCAAAUACGACUCGAGAGGUAUCCGGACCAAUACCCGCGAGGCCCGUACCAUCGAAGCCAUGGAGAAAGAACAGCACUACUUGGUAGAAGUAGCGGUGCGCGACGUGCUUGAAUAUAACCCUCCUGUCGACUACAAGAAACCGGAAAAGAAUCGUGACAAGUUGUAUAUCCCCCUUAACGAAUACCCGGAUAUCAAUUUCGUGGGGCUUCUCCUUGGUCCUAGAGGCAAUACUCUUCGCGAACUCCAGGAGAAAUCAGGCGCUAAGCUUGCUAUCAGAGGUAAAGGGCUGGUGAAGGAAGGUAUGAGAGGUGACGACUCCGGUAACCCUGAAAACGAUGACGAUUUACACGUGGUGAUCACCGCUGACACUACCCACAAAAUCGCGCUUGCGAAGAAAUUGACUCAGGAAAUCGUGUCAAAGGCGAUUGAAUCGCCUACGGGACAAAACGAGUUCAAGAGAACUCAGUUGCGUGACUUGGCCAUCCUCAACGGUACUCUUAGAGAGACCAAGCCUUACGUUCCUGAAGAACAGCGCCCUACGCGUAUGGACAUCACCAAAGUGGUGUGUAAGAUCUGUAAGCGGGUCGGCCACUAUGCUCGUGACUGUCGAGCCCCCAGAGAUGGUGAAGGCGACGAAAGUGACUCUAAGCGUCGUCGUGUCGAUGACGAACACUCGCUGCCUCAACCGUAUACUUCGGGCAUUAUACCGCCUCCACUGGCAUCAGCAGCAGCAGCUCCUGCUACACCUGCAAUUGCUCCGCCACCAGGAUUACCAACACAACCGCCUCCACAAACCGUACGCCCUCCUCCCCCUGGGUUGUCUUUACCUGUGCGUCCACCUCCUCCCUCUGGCGCCAAACCACCGCCUCCAGUUGAUACCAGACCACCGCCACCAGUUGAUGUUAAACCGCCUCCUCCCACUGAGGCAAAACCCCCACCCCCGGCUGUUGCCAAACCCGCACCUCCCACUGACAUCAAACCACCUCCACCCAAGGCCAAACCUGCGCCUCCUCCUCCCCAGAAGCCGGCCCCACCCCCGCAAUAA